UGUAUCCAUACCUUACCGACGUUACCCUCCGUUAUCUGUCUCUAAUCUAAAUCCCAAAUUAUUUCUCCAUCGCCGGCCACAACCACAAAACAAAACCCAACAAAAAACAACAACACUAUUUGCAACGAAACACGAUAAUAAUCAUUUGAUUACAAAUUUUGUUUCUUCUUCUGUUCUGUGUUUAUCUCUCUAUCCUUUCAUUGUUGAAGAUUAAAUUAAAAGCUGCAAUAAAUAAAUAAACAAAAAAUAAUCGAGCGAUUCGAUGGUGGCCAGAGGCGUGCCGGCGGAUGCGGUGAUGGCCGUGGUCACCGCCCUUGACUUCACGGAAACAUCCAACUGGUGGAGAGACAUCAACAACUCACCUCUCUGGCAGGACCGUAUCUUCCACCUCCUCGCCAUCCUCUACGGAAUCGUCGCCGCCAUCGCUCUGGUUCAACUUGUUAGAAUACAAUUGAGAGUACCAGAAUAUGGUUGGACCACGCAGAAGGUCUUUCACUUUCUCAAUUUUUUCGUCAAUGGGGUUCGAUGUUUUGUUUUUGUUUUCCGGCGAGAUGUUCAGAAGUUACAGCCAGAGAUUGUGCAACAUAUCUUACUUGACAUGCCAAGUCUUGCUUUCUUUACUACAUAUGCACUUUUGGUUCUCUUCUGGGCUGAGAUUUAUUAUCAGGCACGAGCUGUAUCUACCGAUGGUCUGAGACCAAGUUUCUACACAAUUAAUGCUGUGGUUUAUGUUAUUCAGAUUGCUCUGUGGUUGAUAUUAUGGUGGAAACCUGUCCGCAUGCUGGUGAUUUUAUCGAAGAUGUUCUUUGCAGGGGUCUCUUUGUUUGCAGCCCUUGGCUUUCUACUCUAUGGUGGGAGAUUAUUCUUGAUGCUACAACGCUUUCCUGUUGAAUCUAAAGGUCGUCGCAAGAAGCUACAAGAGGUUGGCUAUGUGACUACCAUAUGUUUUUCAUGCUUCCUUAUCAGAUGUGUUAUGAUGUGCUUUAAUGCAUUUGAUAAAGCGGCUGACCUUGAUGUCUUGGACCAUCCCAUUCUAAACCUUAUAUAUUACCUGUUGGUGGAAAUAUUACCUUCUUCUUUGGUCCUUUUCAUUUUGAGGAAGCUACCGCCUAAGCGAGGUAUCACACAGUAUCACCCAAUUCGCUGAAAAGAUUAUGGGGAAAACUUAGUCAUGAGGAAUCAUUAGAGGUUAUAUGUUUCUUGGAUGUUUCUGCACUCCAAGGAUAAUUUCUAGAGGACAGAGAAGUCCGUAUUUUGUAUGUCGAGUGAGAAAGCUAGUAUCUUGGAUUUAAAGUUCUUCUUAAGGAUUGUAGCUUAUGAAACAUGACAUUAUAUGGAUUGUCAAACGUGUUGGGCUAUGUUCUGUAUAAUAAGAUGUAUAUUUGCACAAACAAACAAAAAAAGUUACAUACUUGCAUUGUCAAUGGGAAAA